GUGAAGAGGAGGGUGAAGAAGGGGGGGCUGUAAAGGUGGGGUGGGGGGAGGUGAGGGGAGGGGCCGGUGCCGCUGAGACCGGUGCUGCCGUGGAGCGGGGCCGCGGCUGGAGCCGCCGCCGAGGCCGAUGUCCCUAGCGAUGUCCCCAGUGGGGCCGGGCGCUGCCCCCCACCUGCUGCUGGCCCUGCUCUGCCUGCCCCCCAUCUAUGGGGCUCCCCACAGCGACGCCCCCCCCGUCUUGUCCCUCAACCUCGGCCUCAACUUCAAGAUCAAGGUGCGAAGUCGGCCCCCCCCCCGCCCCACAUCGCCCCCCCAGCCCCACAGCCUGUCCCCAUUGGGGUCAGGCUGGGACCCCGGUGACGAGACGGGCUCUGGGACGCCCCCAUUGGCAAUGGGGGGCUUUGGGGGCGUCCCCCCCCCAAAGGGGACCACCCCAUCUGAGAAGCACAAGGGGCUGGAGCUGGACAUCGCCAUUGACCUGACAGCGGGGCUGGACCCCAAAGUGGGGUCGUCCCCCCCCAGCCUCCUGCAGGGCCCGCCUAUGGCCGGGUCCCUGGCUCCCACGGUGCCCCCCAAGUUGAGCUUUGAGGCGCUGGGGGGGGGCAACGGCUCCUGGGGGCAGGAGGAGGGCGGCAGCGGCAGCACCGAGCCAGCCCCGCCCACCCCCUCCUCCUCCCCCUGCCCCCCCCCGUCGCGGUGCCCCCCCCACCCGCGCGCCUCCCCCGCGCCUUUCGCGUGGCCCCCGCACUUCCUCCCCCCGCCCCGCAGCUGGGGCGCGGCCGCGGGCGCGUGGGGCCGGGCGUGGCCCGCGCACGUGUUCGGGGCGGGGGCGGUGUUCGCGGCGCUGGCGCUGCUGGGGCUCGCGCUGCUGCUGCGGGGGGGCGCGGGGCGCGCGGCGCGGGCGCGGGGGGCGCUGCUGGCGGUGGCGGGGGCCGCGCGCGCGCUCCCGCUGCUGCUGGACCCGUACGAGCGGCGGGGGCUGCUCCCCGCGCCCUGCGCGCGCCUCCUCUUCGAGCUGCCCUUCCCGUGCCUCGGCUGGGGGCUGGCGCGGGGCCUGGCGCGCCCCCUGCCGGCCGCGCUGGCGCUGCUGCACCUGGCGCUGGCGGCCGGCGCCGUGCUCGCGGUGGCGGGGCUGGGCCGCGCGGGGGCGCUGCUGCUGCUGCCGCGGGGCGGGUUCGUGGCGCUGGCGCUGGGGCUGGCGCUGGCGCUGCCCGCGGGGGGCGGCUGCCGCGGGGGGGCGCUCCUCGGGGGCGCCGUGGGGGUGCUGGGGGCGCUGGGCAGCGCCGUGCUGCAGGUCUACGGGGUGCUCACGGCCAUGGGGUGGGCGGGCACGGGGCCGCAGGGGCCCUGGGGGUGGUGGGGGCUGCAGCUGGGGUGCCGGGUGGCGGAGGUGGCCAUGGGGGGCACGGUGGCCGCCAUGGCCAUGGUCAAGCCGAUGUCGCAGCGGCGCCCCGCGGAGCAGCCAGAGGGGGGCGGCGAGGCGGGAGGCGGGGAUGCGGGGGGGGGAUCCUGCGGUGGGGCACCCACCGAGGCCACGGAGGGGGACGGGGACCCCACGGCCGGGUACCGGCCCCCGACGCCCAUCAACCUGCGGCGCAGCAUCGACGAGGCGCUGGGGGCGCGGCACGGGAUCGGCCGCGAUGUGGGCGGGUUGGGCUGGAAUGGGCUGGGAACGGGGUGGAACGGGCUGGGAAUGGGGGGCAAUGGGGGCUCCAGGGUGGGGGGCAGCGGCAAGGCCACGGUCCCGAGUGUGGAAGGAACCCUGACGCCGAGUCUUGGGACGUCUGUGACGUUGUCGAGUCUUGGGGCAACCUUGACGUCGAGUCUCGAUGGGGUCCUGAGCUCUGGUCUUGACACAACCUUGGUCUCGAGCCCUGGGACAGCCUUGGCCUCGAGCGUGGGUACAGCCACGACACCAAGCAUUGUGACAACUGUGACCUCAAGCCUUGGCACUACCAUGGCACCAACUCUUGACCCAACCGUAACAACGAGUCUUGGCCCAACCAUGACCCAAAGUGUUGGCGCAUCCGUGGCCCCAAGUCUUGGAGCAACCACAACAUCAAGUCUUAAUGCAACCGCAGCCUCAAGUCCCAGCACCACCAGCGCACCUGCAGCCACCACAACCAGUGCACCGGUGCUCAGCACAACCAGCAAACCAGAGCUCAGCACCACCAGCACCACACGCAUCGGCACAACCAUGGCCUCAAGUCUUGGCACAACCACGACAUCAAGUGUUGGUACCACUGUGACAUCAAGUACUGGCACCACCAGCACACCAGGUCUUGAUACAGCCAUGGCCCCAGAUCUUGGUGCAACCACAACUCUUGGAGCAACCACAACACCUGUUGGUACAACUAUGACAUCAAGUGUUGGUACAACCACAACCCCCAGUGUUGGUACCACCAUGACAUCAAAUGUUGGUACAACCACAACCCACAGUGUUGGUACCACCAUGACAUCAAGUGUUGGUACAACCACAACCCCAAGUGUUGGUGCAACCACAACCACCAGUGUUGGUACCACCAUGACUCUGGCUCUCAACACAACCAUGACCUCAAGCGUUGGCACAACCAUGACCCCAAGCGUUAGCUCAACCACAACCUCAAGCCUUGGCACGAGCAGCACACCAGCUCUUGGCACAACUGCAGCACCUCUUGGAGCACCCAUGACCCCGAGUGUUGCCACAACCAUGGCCCCAAGUCCUGGCACCUCCACCACAGGACCCAGCCCCACCGGCGUCCCCGCCUUGCACUGCUCCUCCUCCGGCACUGGGGCCCUCGCGGUGUCCCCAGGGGUCCAGGACAGUGCCCCCCUGUCCCCACAGGGCAGUGACACCAUAGACUUGUAG